AUGAGAGCGUUGGUUUUUAAUAUUUCAUGGAUUCUGUUAAUUGUGUUCAUAUUUGGUGCUGUUGCGGCAAGCACUGAUAGUAAAAUUCGAGAUUCAGAAAGAAAAAGUAAAGGUGUUACUACUUUUGUCACUGCAAAAUGGGAAGCAACCCCUAUAGUUUUGGAGUUGGCUGAAUAUUUAUCUGGGGAGAGCAGCGAUAUAUUUUGGUCAUUUGUUGAUGGUAUAAACUCAUUGAAAUCUAGUCUACAUACAUUAGGAACAGAUAAACAAGUUUAUGAUGCCUGUUUGGGUGUAGCAAGUUCUUUAUUAGCACCAGCCCAGUUGAGAAUGGCAAAGCUAGCUCUGUCUAUGCACCUACAUUCUCCAACUGUCCGUAUGUUUGAUGAAAUUGCCACCCAAUAUGGUGCAAAAGAAGUGCCAUGUGAUGUUUUUGUUGCGAUUGCUUCACAAAAAGUUUGUGAUAAUGAUGUUUUAAGAGAUCUUCUUAAAUCUGUAAAUCAGUAUGGUUCUAAUGACCACAGAUUGGAGACAUAUCUCUUAGAUCACACAUAUCCAAGUAGUGAUAACAGAUCAAUUACAGCUAUACUAUAUGGUGAACUUGGCAUGCCUGAUUUUGCUAUAAAGCAUAAAAUAUUAUCUCCCUACGCUGAUAAAGGCGCCAUCAAUUAUGUCGUCCGAUGGAAUGUUAAGCCCAGAGGCAAGCCAAAAUUACGUCUAUCAGGUUAUGGAGUAGAGUUACAAUUAAAAAGUACAGAAUAUAAGAGUCAAGAUGAUACUACUCCAAAGGAAGCAGAGGCAGACUCAUCUACACUGUCUGAAGAAGAGGAUGAAAAUGAUCCGCAAAACCAAAUUGAUGGUUUUAACUUUGGGAGAUUAAAGAACCUUUUCCCAGCACUCCGCACCCCUUUAGAACGAUUCAGGCGACAUUUGUCUGAAACAAGUGAAGAAUUGGAACCACUGAAAGUCUGGCAAAUGCAGGCCUUAAGUAUGCAAGCCGCUGCUGCAGUCAUAGAUGCCCACGACUCGGGUGGUGAUGAGUCGUUGAAAGUUCUCACUUCUAUUGCUCAAAAUUUUCCAAUGCAGACAAAAUCUUUAAUCCACGUGAAUGUACCGCGCUCUCUACGUGACGAAGUACUUUAUAAUCAGGAUAUUUGGGCGUCAUCUUUGGGGCUGCGUCCCGCAGAGCCCCUUCUUUUAGUUUCUGGGGCGCAAUAUGACGCCGAGGAGGUUGACAUUAUGGCACUGCUUAAUGCUCUUAAAGAAGAUAUUGGACCUAUGAACACAUUACAUGCACUUGGUUUGUCAAAGAAAUUAAUAAACACACUGAUGUCUUUGGAGAUGGGUGAAUCGUUCACAUGGGAGGAAUAUGGUCUUGACAUUAGAGAUUCUUCAAUAACUUGGCUCAAUGAUCUCGAAACAGACGAGAGGUACAGGCGAUGGCCAUCUUCAUUUAUGGAGUUAUUGAGGCCCACCUAUCCUGGCAUGUUGAGGAAUCUUCGAAGGAAUAUAUAUAACUAUGUCAUAAUUAUAGAUCCAACAUCGCCCGCUUCAGCCCCACCUUUGAAACUUGGUGAGACUUUAUUGAAACACUCAACCCCAGUUCGUGUUGGGGUCGUCCUGGCUCCAAAUAAUACACCACUUGGUGUGGCUGUGAGAAGUGCUUUCAACUACAUAGCGCAAGAUAGAAACUCUAAUAAAGAAGCCUUCUUCUUUUUAACUCAGCUUCUAAGUUCACUAGAUGAGGAAUCACUCAGUAUAGAGCUUCUCAAAAAACAGCUAAAGAAAUUCGCAAGUUCGGGAACUAAUGUAGAUGAGGUCAUAUCUGAAGAUUCGGAAUACAACUUUGGACACCAGCUCGCUGAAGAAUUUGUAUCAAAACUUGGGGCAGAAAAUUAUCCUCAGGUGUUGGUAAAUGGGGUGCCACUUUGGGACGACGGACCAGUCUCCUUGACUUCAUCGGUGGACAGCUUGGAGGAGGCGUUAGUGACAGCUCUGUCGCGGCACACGAGCCGGCUGCAACGCGCCGUUUUUCGUGGCGACCUCGCAGACACAGAUGACGCUGUAGACUACAUUAUGAAGCAGCCACAUAUUAUGCCAAGACUAAACCGGCGUAUUUUGGGAUCAGACCCAUCUCAAUAUUUAGAUCUAUCUGGAAUUCCAUCUUCAGCCGAAUUAUUUGUGGAAGACAAAAUACAUAAAUUGUUACAUUUAACAGGUCGUGACGCUCUAGCAACUGCAUUACCCUUACUGAAAUAUUUUGCGAAGUCCGGCAAAGCAGAGAAAAUAACUCAAACUGUUUGGGUUAUUGGCGAUUUGAACGAUGUCAAAUCACGACAGCUUUUGAGGAAUGCUUUAUAUUUCAUGCGAGAAUCCGGUGGAGUUCGCGUUGCGUUCAUACCAAACGUCGAUGGUGAAGCGAAUAUUGACCAAUCACUGAAUAAAGUGGUGUUAGCUGCUCUAACUACGCUUGAACCGGCGAAGGCUACUAAAUAUGUACUCCAACUACUUGAUAACGAGGGCUGCCAUGAGAGACAAGACUGUGAUAUAUUACCAGAGUUAGUUAGUUCACUUAACAAGCACGACUGGAUUCUAAAAGCGGCGCGAAUCUUGUGCGCGCGCAGUUUGAAACUUCGGGCCAGCGCACGCGCACUCGUCUAUAAUGCAAGAUACAUCGGACCAUUAGCCGACAAUGAAAACUUCUUAUUGGAAGACUUUGCACUACUUGAAAGGUACAGCAAUCAAGUGUACGGCGAGAAAUUAGCUGAGGUGUUCAAGAAAAAGAAAAAUACAAUGUCCAAUAAUAUCGACGAUGAUGAUGAUGAUGAAGGUAUCGUAGAAAUAGAUACAGAGAAUUACCUCAAAGUAAUAUCCGUGUUGGCGUCGCGUAGUCCGCGCGUAAGGACCCCGCUUCCAAUCGGAUUAAAGACGGAACAUUCGCUGGUCGAACUACCGCCGCUGUACCCGGAUGAAGCUGCUAUUGAGAUAGUAGCCGUGGUGGACCCGGCCUCGACUGCGGCGCAACGGCUCGCCCCCCUACUGCUCGUGCUGCGGCGUGUGGUCAAUUGUCGUAUAAAAUUAUUCCUCAACCCACAAGACAAGAACUCUGAUAUGCCACUUAAAAGUUUCUACCGCUACGUUCUGGAGGCGGAACUUCAGUUUACCUCCUCUGGUGCAAGUACAGGGGGUGCCAUUGCUCGCUUCAACCGGCUACCCCAUGCUCCUCUUCUAUCUAUGGAGAUGCGGACCCCACCCAACUGGCUUGUGGAGUGUGUCAAGUCUGUGUACGAUCUCGACAACAUUCGCUUGGCUGAUGUUGACUCUGUUGUUCACAGUGAAUUCGAAUUGGAAUAUCUAUUGCUGGAAGGUCACGCGUGGGACACUACUUUGGGCACGCCACCUCGAGGGUUGCAACUGAUAUUAGGAACCCGAGACAACCCUGAGAUUAUGGACACCAUCGUCAUGGCUAACCUUGGAUACUUCCAACUGAAAGCGAAUCCUGGCGCCUGGAUACUGAGGCUUAGACCUGGUCGUUCUGAAGAAAUUUACGAAAUUGUUGGACACGAAAACACGGACACGCCAGCUGGAAGCUCGGACAUCCAGGUAUUGAUGAGCUCAUUCCGCAGUCACGUGAUAAAGCUGCGUGUCAGCAAGAAACCGGAUAAGCAGCACUUAGACCUACUCGCUGAUAAUGAUGAGAAGAACUCUGGUGGAAUUUGGAACUCUAUUGCCAGUUCAUUCGCUGGAGGAGAAGAUCAAGACGCUCAAGACGAAACGAUAAAUGUAUUUUCCGUCGCAUCCGGACAUCUUUACGAGCGGUUCCUCCGUAUCAUGAUGGUGUCAGUUCUUAAACACACCAAGUCACCAGUCAAAUUUUGGUUCCUGAAGAAUUACCUCAGUCCGUCGCUUAAGGACAUACUGCCAUACAUGGCUGAAGAAUAUGGGUUUUCAUACGAACUGGUGCAAUAUGUCUGGCCGCGGUGGCUGCAAAGACAGCGUGACCGCCAGCGUACGAUAUGGGGCUACAAGAUUCUAUUCCUCGACGUUCUGUUUCCUUUGCACGUCAAGAAAAUCAUCUUCGUCGAUGCUGAUCAAAUUGUACGAGCUGAUCUCAAAGAGCUGGUUAAUUUAGAUUUGGGUGGUGCCCCCUACGGCUAUACACCAUUCUGUGACAGCAGGCGAGAGAUGGAGGGAUUUAGAUUCUGGAAGCAAGGGUACUGGCGGAACCACCUGCAGGGUCGAAGCUAUCACAUCAGCGCCCUCUACGUGGUUGAUCUCAAACGUUUCCGGCGUAUAGCCGCCGGUGAUCGUCUUCGCGGGCAAUACCAGGCUCUCAGUCAAGAUCCCAACAGUCUCUCUAACUUGGACCAGGACCUGCCGAACAACAUGAUUCAUCAGGUUGCGAUAAAAUCCUUGCCCCAAGAGUGGCUCUGGUGCGAGACGUGGUGCGAUGACAAAUCCAAGGGUUACGCCAAGACAAUUGAUCUUUGCAACAACCCAAUGACGAAGGAGGCGAAAUUAUCUGCUGCUAUGAGGAUCGUCCCCGAGUGGAGUGAAUACGACGCAGAGAUCAAAGGCUUGCAGGCGCGAGUGCGCCGCGGCCUUUACCAACGGAACGAUUCUGAUCAGGAGAUCGAUCAGAACCAGGCGGAAGAAGUGCCUCCAAGUGAUACUAAUGCAGACCACAAACACACGGAGUUAUGA